CUCUACCCUGUUGAUUUUCUGAUCCACUGCCAUUAUCGUCAGUUUCAGCUAGUCACUCACAGGGCCCAUGAAUUCAUGUCUAUGACUUAGGAUUCCGCGAAGGCUCCCAGUCUCCGCAAAUGCCCGUUCGCCUCCUAUCGCGGCGUCCGUCUCCGACGACCGUAUCGUUCACGGUAUCCAACGCCUCUCGACGAACAAGCACACCAGCCAGGAUCCUCUCACUGUUCCAGUUUCUCCUGCGCGCGCUAAUUUUCCUCCUCGUCCACAUCAUUGAUACAGCGAAGUUACGCCAUUCCUUCUUCCAAGGAGAUGGGCCGUUUUUGCCGUGGAGUACAAUCUGGGCGACUCCUGGGGGUGCGCUCGCUUGUCGCAUUGCGGAUGCGUAUAGCUAUGGAUUCAUCGCGGUUGCUAGCACGGUCUUGAUAUAUGGGGUUUUUAGGAAGGGAUAUACAGAAGAAUCACUCCUCGUUAUACGUGGUCUCGGUAUCCAGACGUCUACCUCCUCGUCGACUUAUUUGUCGAAAGCCUCGACGAGAUUCAUACCUACCACCCAGAUACAAGAUAUCGUCAUACAUGAGGCUUUCAAGGGAUUUGAAGUGCGAUUCUACCUCGCGUUGAUCGUGGAAGGGGAGCCUGACGUUGUGGUUGUUUUCCCUAAACUGUUACCGAACCGGGCGAUAUUAGAAGAAGUUUGGAGAGGUUCGCGGCGGUGCCUAUAUGAUUCGAAAUCAUAAGACAGCUCAUUCAAAUACAUAUAUCUAUUGA